AAAUUCAAAAAUAAAUACAUUCUUAUAAUAGUAUAUCUAUAUCAAUAACAAAUCAUGUUUAUCAGACAGAUAACAUAACCUUAAAAAUGAAAAUGUAAAAGGAUCAUAACAGAUUUUAAUUUGAUCGUGCUGUCAUAACCUAAAAUAUUUGGUAUAGAUUUAUAAGCAUAUGAAAUAUUAUUUUAAUUAACGAUUUUUUCAAAUGAUUGAAAUUAAGUGUAAACAUUGUCGUAAAAAUUUGUUUCUAAAUGAAAGUUUUACAAUACUUUCAUCCCAUAACGAAGAUAUAAGUAAUAUUGAACAUACAGAAUGUGGUGGUGAUUUUAUUGAACAUUGUUUAUACAUGUCUAUGGAAAAUCUGCCAACAUGGAUACAGAAAAUAAUAGAUCAAACAUCCUGGACGAAAGGAAGAUUAAAUUGCCCAUUUUGCAAUACUCGAUUAGGAUCAUUUAAUUUGGUAAUUGAUACUAAAUGUAAUUGCGGUAAAUGCAUAAUGCCCCCUAUUAGAUUGAUUCGUAGCAAGUUGGAUGUAAUAAAUGAUAAUAAUAAGAAGUUAACAGCGAUAACAAAGAUGUGUAACAACAUGAAUUUACAGGUACCUAAAUAAGUAAUUAAAGAUCAUAUGUUGCUAAUAUAAAAAAAGAAUGAUAGCAAACAUAGAUGAAGUAAAGAUUAAAUCUUAAAGUUGGAUAUAUAGAAAUAUCAUAUUCAAAUUGUAAUAUUUUAUGCUUUUUU